UUUAACUCCAAAGAAAACAGAAAGGGAAAGAAAAAUAAGAAAGGAAGACGAAGAAUCCUCUCGGAGACGGGAUUCUUAUUCCCUUUCCCUUUCCACGCCAGAAUUUCUUUAUAUAAAUUUUCGACCCCUCUCUCUUUUUUUCUCUGCCCUUUUCUGUUCUCUCCAAUUCAGAACCAAAACAGAUUAAAAAGGAGGUAAUCAAGAAAUCUUGAAAAAUAAUGGCAGAAGAACAACACAGAUGCCAAGAACAACGACUCUGCGUAAACAACUGCGGUUUUUAUGGGAGCCAAGCAACAGAAAAUCUUUGUUCUAAGUGUUACCGUGAUCUUCAUCAAUCACAGCCCUUGAAUCAUCAGCUGCUAAACCCAUCAUCAUCAUCAUCGGCUGCUUCUGUUUCCUCCUUUCCAUCCCCAGCCGUUGAUGUUCUAAAAGUCAACACCAACCAGAAAGCUCCUGUUGUGGUGGUGGGAGAUGAUAAAAAAGAUGAGGUAAAGGCAGGAGAGCCUGCGGUUGUGCAGCAGCAGCAGCAGCCAAGCAGGUGCUUGACGUGUAGGAGGCGCGUGGGGUUGACGGGGUUCAAGUGCAGGUGUGGUAUGGUGUUUUGUGGAACACAUAGGUACCCGGAACAGCAUGAUUGCGAAUUUGAUUUUAAGAGUUUAGGGAAACAACAGAUUGCUAGGGCUAAUCCUGUUGUUAAGGGAGAGAAACUCCAAAAAAUUUAACGGGUUUUCUCCUUAUCGUGCAAUCUAGGAAUGAAUUCCGCAGUGUUGCCGGUCUCCGCCGGCGUUGGUGUUGGCGUUAGAAGGAAGUAGUUGUCGUGGGUUUGGUGGGGGUCGGGGUAUUGUCGUUAUUUUAUGGUUUGUGUAAAUUGCAAGUAUUCAAUGAUAAACUUUUAGCAUUUUCCUUUUUAGAAAUAA